UCGACCGACACUUAACUACGAGUGCCUGAAUCGUCAACAUGUCUGCCAGCCGUGUGUCGCAGAUUCUCUUCUCACGCGUGUCGCACGCAAUCCGAAAGCCGCAGCAUCUCAUCACGCCUGUCAAAUAUUACUCCUCUCAAGUUAACAAUUAUGAAUGCAUCAAGACCGAAAUUGUGGGUGAAAAGAAGAAUGUGGGCCUCAUCACCUUGAACAGGCCAAAGGCUUUAAACGCUCUGUGCGAACAAUUGAUCAAUGAUAUAAGUCAUGCUGUGGAUCAUUUCAAUAAAGAUAAAUCGAUCGGUGCCAUCGUGAUUACCGGAAGCGAAAAGGCGUUCGCUGCUGGUGCCGACAUCAAGGAAAUGGAAAAUAAAACAUACGUGUCGAAUCUGAAACACGACUUCAUAGGUGAGUGGGAUAAAAUUGGCAAAAGCAAGAAGCCCCUAAUUGCUGCUGUAAAUGGUUAUGCUCUGGGUGGUGGCAACGAGUUGGCGAUGUUAUGCGACAUUAUUUAUGCCGGCGAUAAGGCCAGAUUCAGCCAACCAGAAAUUGCAUUAGGUACGAUUCCCGGAGCAGGUGGUACCCAGAGAUUAACCAGAGUCAUCGGAAAAAGUAAAGCUAUGGAGAUGGUGCUUUCCGGUAAUAUGAUUACCGCGGAGGAAGCUGAGAAGACCGGUCUGGUCAGUAAGGUUUUUCCGAGUGAUAAAGUGAUCGAAGAAGCGGUGAAGUUGGGUGAAAAAAUCGCAUCUCAUUCGCAAGUCGUUGUUUUACUAGCCAAACAGGCUGUUAAUUCAGCAUACGAAACAACAUUGCAACAAGGACUUCAAUUUGAAAACAGACUGUUUCACAGUACUUUCUCUUUGACGGAUAGAAAAGAAGGAAUGACGGCUUUCCUCGAGAAACGUCCGCCGAAAUUUACGAACGAGUAAUCCACGAUAAUUAUGCGCAAAAGAUGAAGCAAACGAAUAUUUUUUUAAGUAUUUUUUAUAUCUCUUUUGUAUAUAUAAAAUAAUCCCCUAACUGUACCUUUUUUCUAUCUCUGUUGCUUGUAACUGACAUGACACAAUCUAUCAGAUUGCGGUUGAAAAUAUUUUAUAAUACUUGUCAGUUAAAAGUUAAACAGAAAGUAUUACCUAUUGUUUGUUAUAUGAGAUAUAUAUUGCAAUAAACUUUUUUGCAAAAAAAAAAAAAAAAAAAAAAAAACGAGUGAGUCAUAAAAACAUGCGUAAUGUCCAUGAAACUUUUAUUCGAGUAUAUUGCUGCUCUUAUAACGACGUGGACUUUGAAUAUGAUACAUUUAAAGCUUAUAAUAUAUAGCGUUGCAGUUAAUAUUAUAAAAGGAAUAAUAAUAAUUAAUUAUUAUUAUUAUCGUAAUAAAGAAUGGGAGGGAUACAACAGUCGAUACAAGUGAGAAUGUAUAAACUGUUAUCGUGAAUGACAAUGUCUAUAAUACUAGCGAGAGAUAUCUCGAAGAAACGAUAGGAACAAUAACAUUUCGAUAAACACCAAUAUAAUUUGAAGUUCAAGUGUAUAACGAAAAAUGCGAAUACUUAAACGAUAUAAUUCCACCAAGUUCCUUACGUGUGUGGGUGAUACGUAUGAAUUUUUUUUCGAUUGAAAUCCUAAGAUUGUAAAAUUUUCGAACUGGUAAAAAAGAGUUAAAAAAUAUA